AGGGGGGCUAGAUGACCGAACGAGAUGAACUUAAGGAACUUUCAUGAGGGGUAGCAGAGAAAGCGCUAUUAUUGUUUCUCCUUGUCACAGUCUCAUUUUAUCCCCACCGUGAAUGGUUGGCAACAAAAAAUCCGACCAAGUUACGUAGGGUAUCUUUGGUAUGUUGUCAGGAAUGUUAAAACGUGUGUUUUAAUUUUGUCGCAUUGCGUAUGUUCUGUGCCUCACGGGCGCACACGGUAUAGCACAUCUAUACGAUCCUACCAUCUAUGAUUAUUUACAAAUUUUCUUUACAACUGGAACUGUUUUACAUUUAGUUAGUCACAACUUCCUCCAAUCAUAUUACACGUAAUGCCUUAUAUACUCUUACCUAUGACGUGAUCGUAAUUGUCAGGUGUUAUAAUUUAUUUUAAAUAUUAAUGGCACGCGUACAAUUAAUUAACAGUCCAUAAUUAAUGAACCGCUCGACGCGAACACUGACAACAAACUUUCUUAAUUUUCAUUUAUCGUAAUUUAUAUUCGAGUUAUCCAAUAAAUAUUUUAUUCAUCAAAUUCGACACUUGUGGAGGAAUUAAAUUAAUUGAUAUUGUUAUAUUAUUUUCACACAAAUUCGGAACAGAACCGAACGUAUUUCAAAAUAAAGCGGCGUGAAAUUAUUACCACAAAAAUGUCCCUUCGGACCAAGUUUUUGUUAAAAGAUUGCUGCAAAUUCGUGUACUAUGCAGGGUGCGGGAAUUACUGGUACGAAGACAUAAAUCACGAAACAAUCCCGUUCAAAUUGUACCGCUUUAUUUCUUUUUCAAUUUAUACGGUGAUGAUUUUUCUGGAAAACGUCGCCGCCGUGUUCGGUUCAUUUCCCUCGGUUGAAAAAAACUCGGCUGUCAUGUUCGCGGCUAUUCACAAUAUCGUACUCACUAAAAUGUAUCUCUUCUUGUACCACAAAGUUUCUAUAAGAAAAUUAAAUUCUGAGAUGGGGGCUGUCGGAGAAAAUUUGGAGGAGGAUAAUUUUAUGAAGAAGCAGUACUGGAAAGUGAAAUAUGGGAUCUUGUUUUAUGUAGUAACGGUUUAUUUGUCACUUGGGGCUUAUGGCGUUGAAAGCACUAGAAAGUCGAUCGUCGAAGGUGCCCCAUUCUACACUGUGGUGACCUACUGGCCCGCGUACGAAGACCCUUCGACGAUAGCUGCCAUCUUCCGCAUAUUCUUUUACAUCACAUGGCUGUACAUGAUGCUCCCCAUGAUGUCCGCCGACUGUAUGCCCAUCACGCAUCUCAUCUGCAUCGCGUAUAAAUUCGUCACUCUCCGACGUCACUUUGAAAGGAUUAGGGAGGAGUUUGAUAGUGAUUUAGUGACGAUGAGGAAGGAGGAGGCUGAGAAAAAGCUGUGGAUGGGGUGUUUGGAGGGAAUCAAGAUGCAUCAAAAGCUAAUGUAUCUCGCCGACGAAAUCAAUCGAAUAUUCGGAAUAAUAAUGUCUCUUCAAGUGUGCGAAAGCUCAGCCGUUGCAGUAUUGCUCUUGCUGCGUUUGGCGCUAUCCCCACAUAUGGAUCUCACUAAUGCGUUCAUGACGUACACUUUUGUGGGGUCACUGUUCUUUUUGCUGGCCCUGAAUCUCUGGAACGCAGGCGAGAUCACUUAUCAGGCGUCGCUCCUGUCUUCAGCCGUGUUCUACUGCGGGUGGCACAUGUGCGCGGUGGGGCGCCCGCGCCGUGACAUCCGCCGCCUCGUGCUGAUAGCCUGUGCGCAGGCGCAGAAACCGCUCGUCCUUAAAGCCUUCGGUAUACAGGAUCUAUCAUACAGCACUUUCGUUUCGGUGGCGAGGAUGACUUACUCGGUGUUCGCCGUGUUCUACCAGAGGGGUGGCUGAGCUGACCUUAUAAAUUAGUUUCCACGUUGCUUAGGCAUGGAGGUCAAUUCUAAUUUAAGACGACGCAUUGUAAAUUUUGGCGUCAGGUAUCUUUACUAUCUUACUAAUUACAAAACUCAUGAAAGUAUUGUUCGGUGAACUGGUUAUUCAUGGCAUCGACUUCAUUUCUGUAGUUGUCGUUACACGAUUGUUUAACUUUUGUAGCAGAGAAAAUCGUAUCAAAGAUGCCUCUUUUUAAACAAAAUUUUCAUUAUCCAGGCAAAUAGGACCGAUUCGAGCCUUUAAAUUUUCCAUGUAGAUUAGUCUAAACACACAUUUCGAUUCUGUAGUUGUGAUUUUACGUUUAAUUCUUGUUUUUUUUUACGUUUACCGUAAAACCCGUUUGGCCGCAUAAGAAUUAUAGAAUAAAUAUGAUAGGACAUUAUUACACACAUUGACUAAGUCCCACAAUAAGCUCAAUAAGGCUUGUGUUGAGGGUACUUAGACAACGAUAUAUAUACCUAAUAUAUAAAUAUUUAUAAAUACUUAAAUACAUAGAAAACACCCAUGACUCAGGAACAAAUAUCCAUGCUCAUCACACGAAUAAAUGCCCUUACCAGGAUUUGAACCCGGGACCAUCGGCUUCGUAGGCAGGGUCACUACCCACUAGGCCAAACCGGUCGCCGGUUUUGAUACAACUUGACGAUCGUUUUGGUAAUUGGGACAAAAUUGUUUUCUUUGUCGCGUUUUUUGUCUCCAUAAAAUGUGACAGAGUCAGGGCCGGAUUUAGGGGAGGGCAACCGGGGCUACUGCCCCGGGCCUCCACAAAAGAGGGGCCCCCCACAAUAGAGAAUUCGGAAUUUACCAUUUUAUUUGGAAAAAAUUUGGGGCCAGGGGGCCUCCACUCCUUUAUUGCCCGAGGCCUCCAGACCUAUAAAUCCGGCAUUGGACAGAGUAUAGCUUUUUGUAUGUGUUAAAAAUUAGCUUUUAAUUUUCUCAUGUAAAUUAGAAGAGUUAGAACUGAAACUCCUUUUUGUUUUCAUUAAACUCAUACGUGUGGGGUAUCUAUGGAUAGAUCUUCAAAAAUGAUAUUGAGGUUUUUAAUAUCAUUUUUUUCUAAACUGAAUAGUUUGCGCGAGAGACACUU